UUAGGUGAGAAACCGUUUAAAUGUGAGUUUGAGGGCUGCAAUCGGAGAUUUGCAAACAGCAGUGACCGGAAGAAGCAUUCUCACGUUCACUCCAGCGAUAAACCCUACACGUGCAAGGUCAGAGGCUGUGAAAAAUGUUACACACAUCCCAGCUCCUUGCGCAAACACAUGAAACUCCACUGCAAGGCCUACAUUACAAAAAUCGGCGAAGACGACGAGCACCUUGUAGAGGCCAGGUCUCCUGAGGUGGCGGAACAGCAAGACACACCCGCCUCUACCACAGUGACGCGAACGAUGACGACCCCCUCCAUGUCUCCUGAGACACGAAAUGAGUCGAAUAUGAGGUCACGUUUCCAUCACACCUUUGUAAACAGUUUGGACUAUAUGGCGCACAGGCCACAGUCCCUUUCGGACCCUCUUUUGCUACAACGUGGCAGCUACAGACCAGAGUCUGUACAAUACUCGUGCAGCCAACCAAGUCAUUCGUUCGCACCUAGCCAUAGAACUUUUGCGUCCAACUCACCUUUUCAAAAAAGUGUGGUAAAUGGCUGGUACACGUGUCAUAGCGCCGUGGACACUUUUUCACCCAAACACUGUAACAGUGAUUUAUAAUGUCUGUAACUCGGGCUUCUGCGUGUUAAAGCAUUGACGGGUGACAGCUGAAGGGUUCCUCUUCAUGUAGCCUAAUAUUGUCCUGCAGGCUUACUAAAUAGGAUAGUGCAAUUUGUUAUUGUGAGCUUUAUCUGUUGUACCUCAUGAUCUUGUAUUGGUGAGACGUCGGUGACUAUUCCUAAUCUG